GCCAGGUCGGCGGCUAAUAGAGAAAUGGCACUCAGGGGCAAAAAAAAAGGGGUGCACUGGUUUCAAGGGUUCCGUGCGUGGUCCGCAGUUGCCACCGCAGUUACGCGAGGCGCGCAUCCACAAAAAUACGCUUGGUCAACUGGCCCUCUUAUCGCGGCGAGCACUGCCGCACUACAUAAGUCGCACGGUUCGCCCCAUCGGAAAAAAGCUGCCAGAAUCGAACUAAUUUUUCAUCCAUCGUAUUUUUUUCCCCCUAAACGGUGAUGGCAUCAAAUAAUGAUUUACAAGAUCAUCGAAAGAUAGGAAGCACGGGCUCAGACGACGCGUCGUCGUCGUCCACCGCAGUCACUAAGACCACCGAGUUCCAGCCGUACAGGCUUUCGGCGACUCGCGUGCUUGCCAACUUCCACACAGACGGCACCCAGGGCUUGACGACCAGCCAGGUCGAGGAGUCUUUUCGCCAGUACGGCGCCAAUACGCUCGGUGAGGCCGACUCCAUCAGCUACACCAAGAUUUUGGCGCACCAGACAUUCAAUGCCAUGAUCAUGGUACUCAUCAUCUCCAUGGUGAUUGCGCUUGCGAUCCAGGAUUGGAUUUCCGGCGGUGUCAUUGCUGCUGUGGUUGUUAUUAAUAUCGGAAUCGGCUUUUACCAGGAGAUGAAGGCCGAGAAGACAAUGGGCUCGCUUCGCUCGUUGUCCUCGCCAACGGCUCGUGUCACCAGAAAUGGCGACGACUUGACCAUUGCUACCGAAGAGGUCGUGCCCGGCGACCUUGUUCACGUCAAGGUUGGCGACACCAUUCCCGCCGACUUGCGUUUGAUCGACAUUAUGAACUUGGAGACCGACGAGGCCCUUUUGACCGGUGAGUCCUUGCCAGUAGCUAAGAACGCGAAUGAUGUCUACACAGACUCUGUUCCUGUGCCGGUGGGAGACCGUUUGAAUAUGGUUUUCUCGUCUUCUGUCGUGUCCAAGGGGCGUGGAAGCGGUGUGGCCGUUUCCACUGGUUUAGACACUGAGAUCGGAAAGAUUGCUCAGUCUUUGAAGUCCAACACGGGACUCAUCCGUAAGGUCGACAAAACCGAUGGCCGCAAGCCAUCCUCAAAGGAAUAUACGCAUGCCGUAUUUGGUACCAUGAAGGAUAUUAUCGGUAACUUUUUGGGUGUAUCCCAGGGUACGCCUUUGCAAAAGACAUUGUCGUGGCUUGCUAUUGAGUUGUUUUGGAUCGCUGUUAUCUUCGCCAUCGUGGUCAUGGCAUCGCAAAAAUUUGACGUGACCAAGGAGGUCGCGAUCUACGCCAUUUCCGUCGCCUUGGCUAUGAUCCCUUCGGCCUUGAUCGUAGUGUUGACUGUCACUAUGGCGGUGGGCGCUCAAGUCAUGGUCACGAAGAACGUUAUUGUGCGUAAAUUGGAUUCCUUGGAGGCAUUGGGUGGUAUUGACGACAUUUGCUCGGACAAAACCGGAACUUUGACGCAAGGAAAGAUGAUUGCCAAGAAAGUAUGGGUUCCUUCUGUUGGAACAUUUGCCAUGGACAACAUCAAUGAGCCUUUUAACCCCACUGUAGGAGACUUGUCCCACACUAAGUUCUCCCCUCAUUUUAUAAGUGAGACCGACGAGGAAGUCGAUUUCAAGCCUCUCGAGAGACAAAACGCCGUCUCGUUCGCUAAGAAUUUCAAAAACUGGAUCAACGUUGCCACCUUGGCUAAUAUUGCCACGGUUUCUGAGUCCAAGGACGAGACUUCCGGUGAGCUCGUUUGGAAGGCACAUGGAGAUGCCACAGAAAUUGCUAUCCAAGUUUUUUGCUGCAGGUUGGGAUACGCGAGAGAUGAAAUCGCUCAGGGUUUUGAGCACAUCGAGGAAUUUCCCUUUGACUCCUCAAUCAAGAGGAUGACUGCUGUCUACAAAAUGAAUGAUAGAACAAAAAUUUUCACAAAGGGAGCUGUUGAGCGGAUCUUAGAAAGAUGUACACGUUGGACGGGAAACACAGAAGAAUUAACCGAUACCUCCGAGCUCAUCUCAAUGACCGACGAGCACAGGAAAGAAAUCGAGGACAACAUGAACUCCUUGUCGACUCAGGGCUUGCGUGUAUUGGCGUUUGCCUCUAGAGACUUCGUUGACGGAAAAGACGACUUGAAGGACCGUAGCUCCAUUGAGACUGAUUUGACCUUCCAUGGUUUGGUUGGUAUCUACGAUCCACCUAGACUUGAGACAGCUCACUCUGUGAAAUUAUGCCACAAGGCUGGAAUUAACGUCCACAUGGUCACUGGAGAUCAUCCAUCCACAGCUAAGGCAAUUGCCCAAGAAGUCGGAAUUAUCCCUUCCAAUUUGUAUCAUUACAGCGAAGAUGUGGUCAAGGCCAUGUGUAUGACGGCCACUGAUUUUGACGCCUUGACUGACGAACAGAUUGAUGCUUUGCCUGUAUUGCCUUUGGUUAUUGCACGGUGCGCACCACAAACAAAAGUUCGUAUGAUUGAAGCUUUACAUCGUCGUGAUAAGUACUGUGCCAUGACAGGUGACGGUGUCAAUGACUCGCCUUCUUUGAAGAAAGCAGAUGUUGGUAUUGCUAUGGGACUCAAUGGAUCUGACGUCGCCAAAGACGCUUCAGACAUUGUUUUGACCGACGACAAUUUCUCAUCGAUUUUGAAUGCUAUUGAAGAAGGACGUCGUAUGGCCGCAAACAUCCAGAAAUUUAUUUUACAGCUUUUGGCUGAGAAUGUUGCACAGGCGUUCUACUUGGUGGUUGGAUUGGCUUUUAAAGACAAGUCUGGCUUUUCCGUUUUUCCCUUGUCCCCGGUUGAGGUGUUGUGGGUGUUGUUGGUGACCUCGAGUUUCCCAGCCAUGGGAUUGGGUCAAGAACAGGCCGUCGACGGAAUUUUGGAGCAGCCCCCUACAAGAAGAGUGUUCACCAAAGAGCUUUUGGCUGAUAUGAUGGCUUACGGAAUCUGGAUGGCUGCCUGCUGUAUGCUUGGAUUUACAAUGGUCGUUUUUGCUGUCGGAGAUGGUGAUCUUGGUCUGGGCUGUAACAGUACCGGUGCGGACCUGGACCUUUGUAACUUGGCUUUUAGAGGCAGAUCCACAUCGUUUGCUAUCAUGACAUGGGGCGCUCUUAUCUUGGCUUGGGAAUGUAUUCACCCAGACAAUUCUUUGUUUCACAUGAGACAAGAAACCGACAAUCCAUGGUGGAAACAAACAGCAAUCGAUCUUUGGGCAAACCAAUUUUUGUUCUGGUCAGUCAUUGGCGGAUUUGUUUCGGUGUUCCCCGUUGUUUACAUUCCAGUCAUCAACGAUAAAGUGUUUUUGCAUGCGCCCAUUGGUCAAGAGUGGGGCUUUGCAUUCGCUUUCAGUCUUCUUUAUCUUGCUGGCUGUGAAAUGUGGAAGUGGAUGAAAAGAAUUUACAAGCGCAGACGCAAUUUGAAGGCUAAGGCCAAGAACCCGGAGUAUGAUUUGGAAAGAACGGAUAAUUUCGAGAAAUAUGCCUCUUUCUCCAGAAACAACACUGUUGAUCCUGAGAUGCUCAAGUAAAGAUUCCUGCCAGGCUUCAUCGGAGGCCAUAUCC